UCACAAAUCCGGGGAUGGAUUGAGCGGCACCCAGAAGGAAGCAGCCCUCCGCGCACUGGUCCAGCGCACAGGAUAUAGCUUGGUCCAGUGACAGUUUUUCUACUGGAUAAUCCUGCAAGAAUAUAGGGGAAGAAAAAAAUACAAGAACUCUUGAGGCAAAUAUUUCAAUGUUUAGUAAAAUGAAAAGCACCUACUUGCUUGAAGCAAAAAGUAAUCAAGGCAAGGAAAAUGGACAAAGAAAAUAUGGUGGUCCCCCGCCUGGUUGGGAUGCUGCACCCCCAGAAAGGGGCUGUGAAAUUUUUAUUGGAAAACUUCCCCGAGACCUUUUUGAAGAUGAACUUAUACCAUUAUGCGAAAAAAUUGGUAAAAUUUAUGAAAUGAGAAUGAUGAUGGAUUUUAAUGGCAACAAUAGAGGAUAUGCAUUUGUAACAUUCUCAAAUAAACAAGAAGCCAAGAAUGCAAUCAAGCAACUUAAUAAUUAUGAAAUUAGAAAUGGGCGUCUGUUAGGGGUCUGUGCCAGCGUGGACAACUGUCGAUUAUUUGUUGGGGGAAUCCCAAAAACCAAAAAGAGAGAAGAAAUCUUAUCAGAGAUGAAAAAGGUCACCGAAGGAGUUGUGGAUGUCAUUGUCUACCCAAGUGCUGCAGAUAAAACCAAAAACCGGGGCUUUGCCUUCGUGGAAUAUGAGAAUCAUCGGGCAGCUGCCAUGGCCCGGAGGAAGCUUCUGCCAGGAAGAAUUCAGUUAUGGGGACAUCCUAUUGCAGUAGACUGGGCAGAACCAGAAGUAGAAGUUGAUGAAGACACAAUGUCUUCUGUGAAAAUCCUAUAUGUAAGAAACCUAAUGCUGUCUACCUCUGAAGAGAUGAUUGAGAAAGAAUUCAACAAUAUUAAACCAGGUGCUGUGGAGAGGGUAAAGAAAAUCCGAGACUAUGCUUUUGUGCACUUCACUAACAGAGAAGAUGCGGUGGAGGCUAUGAAAGCUUUAAAUGGGAAGGUGCUGGAUGGGUCCCCCAUCGAAGUGACCCUAGCCAAACCAGUGGACAAGGAUAGUUAUGUUAGGUACACCCGAGGAACAGGUGGAAGGGGUACCAUGCUUCAGGGAGAGUACACCUACUCCUUGGGCCAUGUUUAUGAUCCCACCACAGCCUACCUUGGAGCUCCUGUCUUCUAUGCCCCCCAGGCCUACACAGCGAUUCCCAGCCUUCAUUUCCCAGCCACCAAAGGACAUCUUGGCAACAGGGCCAUUAUCAGAGCCCCUUCUGUUAGAGAAAUUUACAUGAAUGUACCUGUAGGGGCUGCGGGAGUGAGAGGACUGGGCGGCCGUGGCUAUUUGGCUUACACAGGCCUGGGUCGAGGAUACCAGGUCAAAGGAGACAAGAGAGAAGACAAACUCUAUGAUCUUUUGCCUGGGAUGGAGCUCACCCCAAUGAAUCCUGUCACUUUAAAACCCCAAGGAAUUAAACUUGCUCCACAGAUAUUAGAAGAAGUUUGUCAGAAAAAUAACUGGGGACAACCUGUAUAUCAGCUGCACUCUGCCAUUGGACAAGAUCAAAGACAGCUCUUCUUAUACAAAAUAACUAUUCCUGCCCUGUCCAGCCAGAAUCCUGUCAUCCACCCUUUCACACCCCCGAAGCUAAGUGCCUAUGUGGAUGAAGCAAAGACAUAUGCAGCUGAGUACACCCUGCAGACCCUGGGCAUCCCCACCGAUGGAGCCGAUGCCCAGACCGCAGCUGCUGCUGCCGCUUCUGCUACCGCAUUUCCAGGCUACGCUGUCCCUAAUGCAACUGCAUCUGUGUCUGCAGCGCAGCUCAAGCAAGCGGUGACCCUGGGACAAGACUUAGCAGCAUAUGCAACGUAUGAGGUCUACCCCACUUUUGCAGUGACUGCCCAAGGGGAUGGAUAUGGAACCUUCUGAAGACGUCUUGCUUUUAAGAAUAAAACACACAAAACUCAAUCUAGAAGAAAUAAACCUCUAACUCGGUCCCCUAAUGAUCACAAGUAACACUUGUCCCAGAGUGAUGCCUUUCCUGAGACUGUACAGCUUACAUUGAUACUAAAUGUAGAACCAUGAUAUGAGAACUUUAUUUCUAAUGAAAUCCAAUGUUAAGGAGCCAUUUAUCUAACAGGAAGCUAAAGAGCCAUUGCCCCCAAAAGUUGUUCUUCCAAGGUUCCUGAAUGUCUUGGGAGUAUGUUUACAAACCCUGACAGAGUGAGAGAGAUCUUUUAGCCAGCAAGAGUUCAAGGGCUAAGCAGACCAGUAACAACCAAGGGGGGCCAAGGAAUUCCAGAGUCUUAACCCCUGGCUCACAGCUGCUUUUGUAAUACACAAAGUCACAAAAGGCAGAGGGACAGUAGGAGAUGUUUUUCCAAGCACGUUUCCCAUUGCCCACUGCAUGAGGCAUGUUCACAGCCUGGACCUCGUGAGAGACUAUCCAAGGUUUAAUGGCGUCAGCAUCAUUUCAGUCUGAAAAUUCCAUCCAGUCAAUUUGUCAUAGGUCAGGAUCUUCUCAACCCCUGCAGCCCCUGGGGACUAGGAAAUUGAUGUGAUAUGUUACAGCUAUUGUUAAAACAAAUCCAGGCCCAUCUUUUAUUAAACUCACUAGCCCACACCUCUUUUUCCCUAGAACUCCUACGCUUCCUAAAGAUGCCCACAACAUAAUAGUCAUGCCAACUUGAAAUGACUUUUUCUCAUUUUAAACAUUUUGACUUGUCCAUAUUGAUUUAUUUUCAUCUCAAUCUCAUUUUGCUCAUCUCCAAUAUCAUAAAAAAUAAAUCAAAUCUACAGCAUAUCAUUUAUGAUACUUUUUGCUAUUCAGCAAAUUGGCUGAAAAGUCAUUUCAAAGGGAGGAGUGAAGAUUUACUCUCAUUUCUAUAAUGUUUUUGUAGCACCCAGCCCACCAUCCAGCAUUCAGAGACAGUUAUUAACCUGGGUUCAGCCUUGGACUAUCUAACCCACUUAUACUAAAUCUGCCAAGAAAUCCACUGCCUUCUCUUCCUUUUACUUUCAGUAAGUACCAGACAGCUUUACCAUAUCUGAGUCCUUUGGUUUUGAAGUUAUCACAGGAGAACUUUAUAUCCAUCACUGAUUAUUAUUAGAAGCCAAUUUUUCAGAUAUUCAGCAAGGAUGUUAUUUAUCAAAAUCUCCUAGAGUUUUGGGUCUCUUCUCUAGAACACCUGAGGUGAGGGGGCUACAAAAACUGGGGAGUAGAAGGCACUGCUUUCUUUCCAUACUUAUAAAUGAUGGCUUUUUGUUCAAAACAGAAAUAAUCAAAGUCCAAACACAAAAUACCCAUUACUACCACUCCAGUCUCAUUAGUGGUUUAAGGCAUACAGUACUAGAUUUCCAUUUCUCUUGGCUUUUGUAAAAUUCUGCAAGACUAAAGGGAAGACAUAAACACCAAAGCAUAGAAACCUUUGUUAACUCUUGAAUUGAAUUCUGUGACCCCAAAUCAGGCCAGAUUCCAGUGAAAAUCAGGUAAAUUCCAACAAUUAAGAGUCCUUGCAACCUUUCAGUUCUAUUAACUCCAAUCUGAUAUCAAAGGCCUCAAGGUUACAGCUGAAACUCUGAAAGGCCUCAUGCUUUCAGCUUUGUUUUGCUUUUCAUAUUUCCGAGGACAGUGUUUCCCAGACUUGACUGCACAUUAGAAAUACCUGGAGAGCUUUUCAAACUGCCAAUGCCAAGGUCACACCUCAUACCAACUACAUCAGAAUGUCUUGGGAUCGGAGAGCCGGACAUCAGUUUGUUUGUUUGUUUGUUUUUAAAGAUCUUAGCUGAUUCAAGUGUACAACUAAGUUUGGGAACUGCUGUACUCUUUGUAUUUCCACUCUAUUUUAAUACUUUUUUUUUAACAUCUUUAUUGGAGUAUAAUUGCUUUACAAUGGUGUGUUAGUUUCUGCUUUAUAACAAAGUGAAUCAGUUAUACAUAUACAUAUAUCCCCAUAUCUCUUCCCUCUUGCGUCUCCCUCCCUCCCACCUCUCUAGGUGGUCAGAAAGCUCUGAGCUGAUCUCCCUGUGCUAUGCGGCUGCUUCCCACUAGCUAUCUAUUUUACAUUUGGUAGUGUAUAUAUGUCCAUGCCACUCUCUCCUACUAGAGAAUGAACUUGAGGAUACGGGGAGGGGGAAGGGUAAGCUGGUAUUUUAAUACUUUUUUAUUUCACUUUUAUUAAAUAGAAAAAUGCAAGAAAAAAUUGUCUAAGUUAAAAUAAAUAGCCAGAUCAUAGUUUUACAUAUAUUCAUCUCAUGAAAAGUAUGAAUGUGAAUAUAAUUCAUACUGGCUUCAAACUAACUCUUGGGCCAAACUAAUUCUAAGUAUGAGAAAGUGAAACAUUCCUCCUUAAGCAAUUCUUAGGUCCAAAUUUACACUCCUCCACAGACCUGCUUUCAUACUCAAGGAGAGUAAUUACAGUGGAGGCAGGCAAAUUGCUAAUCAGUCCAAAGAAGCAUUCCAAAUUCCAAGAACAAAAGUUGUAAUGUUCUUUAAAAUCUUUGAAAAUAAACAUAAAAAGUCACUCUGCAUAUCUAGUAUAUGCAAAAAAGAAGUUAUGAUACAGAGGAGUUUUAAAUUUAAUCAAAAUGAACAAUUAGUUAAUACAGGAAUCAUCUUAUGAGAAAAAAAUCAUUAUUCCAGAUUAAAUCAUAAUCAUUUUUUUAAAAGGUUAAGAGCAGAGACAUAAAUAUACAAUAAUAGCAAAGUAUCAAGAAAAUUACCACUGGAAUAUCAUCUCAUUACUUGCUCAAGGAAAAAAAAGUCACAAGUAUUCAUAACAUUACUUCCUGAGAACUAGUUUUAUUCAAGUGAGUAGAUGUGGUUUUAUUUUUUGCUGAAAUCUUACUUUAUUCUAGUAAAAUCUAGAGAAUUCCAUUUAGAACAUAAAUCAUAGAAAGUAUCAACGUGUUCGCCAUGCCAUAUGUUUGCAUUGCCUUUGCCCAAAUUAAGUAAUGUAGAGCAACUCCUGUUAUGAUGAGUUUGAAACUUUAAAAAUCGGGAUUUUUAAAAAAAUCAAGUGUAGAACCAAAGGUUUAUUUUGCAUUAUGUUUAUAUCUUUGAACUUCAGAAAUUAGCACUUAUUUAAUACCUAUCAUACCUUGUGUAUCAAUAUCUCUUUUUCUAUUUCUUACUUUAUUGCUUAAUAGAAAAAAAUCUUCAUAGAAACAAAAUUAAAAUGAGUCAACCCACUAAGUGACAACAACAAAAUACCCAAACCAAUAAUUUAGAAACAUCUAGUAAAUUAGGAUUGGGUUUCUAAAUGUGGGUAAUUAAUAGCUUAAUGAGAAUUAAAAUCAGCCCUAUGUUACUUAGGAGGAAAUGAAACAGCAGUGAGAUUAGAUAUCAAUUUCUUAUCUAAAAAUGCUUCCUCUUCUUAAAUUGCUAUACUUCUCUCCCACCCCAUUAAUUUAGCUAGAACUGCCUUUAACUGCCACAAAAUAUAAUUUUCCUAGAUGACUAUUCACACCCAUCCACCCCCGCCCAAACCUGGUAUCAUGCCAAACCACACGGUAUUCAGGUGACAGCACCCAAAAUACUGCUAGAAAGCUACCUCGUGUUAAGAAAACACUGACUUCAAAAAAUAUCUAACAAAUGAGAACGUAUUUCAAAAAAUAUCUAACUAAUGAAAACGUAUUUCCAAACCACAGGUGUUUAACUUUCUAGUGAUGGAUGGAAAUUAAAUUAUAGCUAUGUAUUGCUAAUAGCUAUGCAGGAAAUUUUAGUCUUACGUAAAAGUUUUUUUAAAAAAACAUUCUUCCAAUCACAUAGAUUAGCUUUUCAGAAAUAUUGCUUCAAUAUAAUUUUUAAUUUAUGUUAAUUUUCACUAUAUUUUUAAAUGACUAUUUUAUCGUUCUUUCUUGGGCAACUGGGUCACAAUUUGAAUUCAUGGGGAUAGGGAAACUUUCCAGGGUGCCUUGGCAGAAUGAGAGUCAAUAAAGAAAGUUAGGGUUUUCAGUAAACUGUCUUGUAUUCAAAGCUACAAAGUUUGAUAAAGUUUAUUAUUGUUGUGCAGCUCCAGCUCUGUCCCAGGUUUCCUGAAAGUAACUUACAACUAAAAGGGAACAAUGUGCCCAAUAUUCACACAAGGCCACGAUCAUGUAUUCCCCCCUUGCACUCAUAUAGAAGUCUCCAGGGGGUGAAAACAUAGCUACAACUUAACCUAGAGAAUUGGUACUUUUUAUAUUUUGUAGAUAUAUUUUUAUAUAUUGUAGAGACAUCUGCUAAAGACAAAACUAAGUUUCAAAUAUGACACCAUAGGUGAACUUUAUGAUAAACACUUUUAAGAGAAAAUACUAAUAGCAUAAUUUAGGAAUUUUAACAUACUUACUGAAAGAGAAACUAGGCAACAGACAUUCCUACCUGACAGGCAACGGUUAUCUACUGGGUUUUGUUAAAUUGAUUGUCAAAUCUGAUGUUGAAAUUUCACUUCAUUCUAGUGACAUCUUGAAAAUGCUCUCAGUUUAAUGAGAACAUAUUCAUAGAAAGUGUAAAGUAUUCACAAACUGUAUGUUUGUGUUUGCCAACAUUAGAACAAAGCAAAGCAAGUCCUGCUAUAAUUAGUGAAACUAUUAGAAAAAUAAGAUUUGUUUUCUGACCUCCAUACCUAUCUCUUUACUUAUGGAGUAAAACAUUAAAAAAAUUUUUUUUUACUCAGUAAAAAAUGAGUACAGAAUAUUCUAUUGCCCCCAAAAUGUCCAACAUUUUAAAAGCCAGCUUUUUCUUCCAAUGUUGAUACAGAAUAUAGAAUGAACAAAUUUAAUAGGAACAGCAAUGUAUACCUUGAACACAGACUCAUUUAUGGGAAAUGGCAGACUUUAUGCAUCCCCAGCUACCCUCAGUUUUGUAGGAAAGAGAAAAGAACACCUUAUACUUUAGCUAAUAGUGAAGAGAAGUUCAUAACCAAUCUAGAAGUAAAAAGUAAUUAGGAAACCAGAAGCCUUCAUUCAUUCAAAAGUGCCUGGAAUAAAAUAUAGAAAAUUUCUGCAUCACCUCUCCCUUGUGGACUUUUCUCCUAUUUUGAGAGGGAAAUCAAGAAAAAGAAUAUACCCCAUUCUCUCUUCACAUAUGGUACUUUGUCUAAGGGGAGGAGAGAUACCAAGAAACAGGUCUUUAAAGAAAGUUAGCUGCCAGCAGGAAUUUCUUGAAGACAGAAGGGUAUCCACCCCACUCAUGGUUUAACACCAUCUCUCUGGAGCGACAAUACAUCCUGGUUUGCCAGGACAGUGCAGGCUUAAGUCUGUUGUCCCACUAUAAAUAUUAACAAUCGACAAUUAAAAUGAACAAUUGUCCCCCUUACUCUCAAAUUUGUCUCAGUUUAGACAACAAAUUAUACAGUGACCCCAUCUUUAUGGCUCUUUUUGUUUUUUUAUUGCUGUAGAAUUGGCUUUAUCCUCUCUAGAGCACAUACAGCUUAAACUAAAAGGCCCUGCCACUUCUUUCUGACUGGGGUAGGAUCAUGGUGAACACAGAGGAAGGCAUCAUCUUCUCCACUCUUCAAUCCACUCCCCAUCUAGCUGACCCUCUACUGCCCCUUGCUGGUCCUAAUUUUCUUCCCACUGCCCCUGGGCUCUGGGUCCUGAGUUCUGCCUUUUGUUGACAGAGCUAGCAGCCACUUGGCCACGUGAUGCAGAAGAAAAGAUGAAAGAUAGCUCUUGGGGGCAUGUGCUUAGCCUGCCAAGGUCAAGAGGGCAUUAGUAGGGUCUUAGAGCAUUUGCUGGGUUCUUUCUUCCUUGAACCAAGCUACCUACACCUCAAACCAGAAAGGACUUCCUAUGUAAAUCUUCAUAUUAAGAGACACGAUGUCUUUUUCCCUCCUGUGUUUUCCAGAUUUGCUCAAACACUGACUCCCUUCUAUUUAACUUCACCAUUGUGUUUGCUCAUCAACUAUCCUUCACCCCAAAUUAUCAUAUAAUCCCAUAUAAAGAAUUUAUUAUUUUUAAUGGAAAAUAAUGUUAACAGAGAGUUUCCUUUUUAACAGGAAUUCCUUUUCACUCUUCCUUUAUUCUCUUUACUAAUAUUGAGAAUUAAACAAAUUUUACAGUCUCUAUUGCUAUUAACCCACAAAACUAUUCUUCAUAGAAUGUAUGAUCAGUCUGUGUUUACUAUGCACCUACUCUUAUGCCAGAAACUGUGAAUACAAAUCUAUUUUUAAAAAUUUCUUCCCUCAGUGGGGUACACAGUCUAGUGAUCCAUUCUGCAGUUUUUAAAACUGAAUAUAAUUGCACGUAUUUAAGUGUGUCAUCUGGUAGGUUUUGUCACUUAGUCAGAAUCCCCGAAAUAAAUCGACUCUGUUCUAAACCUUGUUUCCACUAUCACUGCCAAACACUAGGUUCGUAUAGUAAGCCUUUUUAAAGACGAAUUUAACUCUUGAUCUAUCAUUAUUGCUACUUAAGUAAAAUGAGUUUUCAAAUAUUUUCCCCAGGAGAAAUAUAACAAACUAUGCAAAAAUUUAAAAAGAAGAAAAAACUUUAGUUAGAGACCCAGAAGGAGCUUUAAAACAUGGAGUUGACAAAUUCACAUACUGAUUUAUGAUGUUAAUGAGCAGGGACGCAGGCUUUUUAUUUACUUGAAAACAGUUUGGUUAUUAACAACUUCUAUUUUCUAAAUAUACCUGUGUUUAUAAAAUUAAAAACUCUGCGUAAAAAGCCUUAUCUAUACCUAUAUUUUUUGCAAUAAAUGAUUUACAAUGAAGUAUA